CCCCAGACAAGAUUUAGGGUGUGCACACAGCUGGCUAGGCGCAGAGCAGUGUGGGAAAAACUCAGGACUGCAGAGGUGAAGUGGGGUAGUGGAUAAGGGGCGGGGUGUUUCCGAGUGUCAAGCUCCGCCCCCUGUGAGCCAUUGGUUGGUACCGCCCUGUGCCAGUGAGGGACUGGAGUUCGCUGAGGCGAGUCGGAGCUACCGCUUCCGCAGGGCGAUGGGGCCGUGUGUGCUGCCCCUGCUGCUGCUCCUGCCGACACUGCUGCUGUCAGCGCUAUUCUGCGGAGUCCAGGAGGUCGCUUCCCUGUCGUCGGGCUCCUCGCAGUCUACGGUCUCGCCAUCACAGACCAUAGCAAAUGGAAGCCAGCCGGCUGUGCAGUACAACACUACGCACCUGCAGCCGCGGGGCUCGCUAGGCUCGCAGCUGCUGCGCUCUUUUUACGUGCUUAUUGGCCUCACCAGUCUGGUUGUGUUCUACUUCCUCAUCCGGGCCUUCAGGUUGAAGAAACCCCAGCGGAGGAGCUACGGCCUCCUCGCCAACGAGGACCCCACAGAGAUGGCCUCCCUGGACAGCAAUGAGGAAACCAUCUUUGAGACCACGAAUCUGAGAUGACAUUCAGGUCGGGGAGGCAGUGUUCCCAGAAGCCUUGGGGGAAGGACAAGAGACAGGGCCCCACUCCCAGUGCCUACACACCUGGCAGUUCUGCUGGCCCGAGAGCUCGAGUGGGACCUGCCCAGCCAGCCUGAAGCUACCUUGGCCCUCCACUGCCACAGGACCACCCAGGAUGCCAGGUGCGAACCAGAGGGGCCUCUGGCUGCCCCAUCCAGGAUUCUGAGACCCUAUGGCUGGACUUUGACUUGUGCCCCUGACCCUCCCCCCCGGGGACACAGCUGAGACCUGGCAGGCAGGUGGGCUUGUGGUCCUGUCUGGGAGAGCCUUCCUACUGGGCUGAGAACAAUAAAGGCAGCAGUGGCUCUGUAGUUGUCACCCAACUCCAUAUUGGGCCAGACCUGGCAUCCUGGCUCACAGGCAAGGUGGAUAGCAGAACAGAGCUUGAUCCAGGCCUGGCUUUUCUUA